UAUUUAUUGAAGAUUGCUCUAUGGCCACCACCGAACGAAUACUUCUUUUAUGUGGAUAAUGUUCCACCACGUGAACGAAAAGAAAUCGAGGGGCAUGCUGAGGCGAUUGAAAUUGCUGAGCGGAAGAAGAAGAUUCCCAAGAUUUUGCGGGUUCUUGAGAUGAUUCGAGGACACCCUUGCGCUGACGACAUCGAAGAUGUCGAGGCUUUCAUCGUUCGCACCAGGAGGAACAAUUAUGUCGCAUGUGUCCGGAUUCCAGUCUCUGGCAUUCCCAGAUAUUCGAUCCUCUACUCACAUCCAAAUGCCAGCGAUCUGAGCGAUCAUCUGGUUGGAGUGCCGAAUCUGAUAGAUAUGGCAAGAUUUCACAAGUGUGACGUCUAUUCUUAUGACUACUGCGGAUACGGUAUCAGUUCAGGAUAUGCAAGUGAAUCGAAUAUGAAGGCUGAUAUUAGGGCUGUUUAUGACGUUAUAUUUUUUACUUGUGCGAAGCGAAAUCCUGAUCAAAUUGUUCUAAUCGGUUAUUCGAUAGGAUGUUUUGCCAGUGUCGAUCUAGCAUGUUCCAUAACGCGGCCUCCUGCUGGAUUAAUUUUGCAAUCUCCGCCUGCAUCUGUACUGAGAGUGCUUCUAUGGGAAAGAGCUUGCUUUAAGAAGCCAUUUGAGCGACAGUCAUGCUGUGCGGAUCGUUUCUGCACAUACGAUAAGAUCGCAGGAGUUCGUGUCCCUAUACUAGUUAUUCAUGGGGAAGACGAUCGAACAGUACCCCUCGUCCACGGUAAAGCGGUUUGCCAAAAAGCAGCGGCUCCCUUAUGGUUGAGAGCUAGUCAUGACAAUGUGGAAAAUUGCCGAGAAACAUGGCUCCGUAUAAGAAAAUUUAUUAAAUAG